AGUCAAUCAUCACAACAACUACUGUUUCUUCAUUGUUGAGCACAGAGUCCCCAUCAGUGACAGCAUUGCAAGAAACUGACACAAUUGUUACUUCAAAAACAGCUGUCACUAAAGUUUCAUCACUAUUCAGUACUGAGACACCAUCUUCAGAAACACAGGAUACUGUAACAAGUCCAACUGAAAAAAUAUCAGCUUCACCAGAGACAAGUUCUACGAAAACAGAUGAAGAAAGCUCAGGAGACCAAACCCAAGACAUGUCCCCUCAGACUUCCUCUGUCACAGCUAAAUCAACUCCAUACAGCACUGAGGUACCAACAGUAAAAUCUCCUGUUACAAUAUCUGCUGUUUCAGGCAUUGAGGAAGGAGAGAUAAGUGGUGAAACUACAACGCUGGACUCAAUUCUUACCUCAAUUAGAUCAACCCUUAAACCUGAAACAUCAUCAUUGCUCAUUCCCACAGGAACAGAGAGUUCUGGGGACAUCACUAAUGAUUUUGCCCAAGAGUCAACCAUCAGAGCAACUACUUUCUCUUCAUUGUUGAGUACAAAGUCACCAUCAGUGACAGCAUCACAUGAAACUGGAACAAGUGACACUUUGAAAACUGCUAUUACCAGAGCUUCAUCAUUAUACAGUACUGAGAAACCAACAUCGGGGUCAGCUAAAACUCAAGAUACUGUUACGACAAGUCUAACAAGUAAAACAUCAGCUACUCCAGAGACAAUUUCUACUUUCCCAACAACAGAUGAAGAAAGCUCAGGUGACCAAACCCAAGAGAUGUUCACUAGUACCUUCUCUAUCACAGCUAAAUCGUCUCUCUACAGCACAGAGGCACCAACUGCAAGAUCUGUUCUUACAUCUUCUGCUGUUUCAGACAUUGAUAAGAAAGACAUUAAUGGUGAAACUACAAAGGCAGAGUAUAUUCUUACAUCCACUGGAUCAACAAUGAAACCUGAAACAUCAUCGUUUCUCAUUACCACAGAUACAGAGAGUUCUGGAGACAGCACUGAAGACUUCACAGAAAAGUCAAUCAUCACAGCAACUACUGUUUCUUCAUUGUUGAGCACAGAGUCCCCAUCAGAGACAGCAUGGCAAGAAACUGACACAAUUGUUACUUCAAAAACAGCUGUCACUAAAGUUUCAUCACUAUUCAGUACUGAGACACCAUCUUCAGAAACACAGGAUACUGUAACAAGUCCAACUGAAAAAAUAUCAGCUACACCAGAGACAAGUUCUACGACAACAGAUGAAGAAAGCUCAGGAGACGAAACCCAAGACAUGUCCCCUCAGACUUCCUCUGUCACAGCUAAAUCAACUCCAUACAGCACUGAGGUACCAACAGUAAAAUCUCCUGUUACAAUAUCUGCUGUUUCAGGCAUUGAGGAAGGAGAGAUAAGUGGUGAAACUACAACGCUGGACUCAAUUCCUACCUCAAUUGGAUCAACCCUUAAACCGGAAACAUCAUCAUUGCUCAUUCCCACAGGAACAGAGGGUUCUGGGGACAACACUGAUGAUUUUGCCCAAGAGUCAACCAUCAGAGCAACUACUUUCUCUUCAUUGUUGAGUACAAAGUCACCAUCAGUGACAGCAUCACAUGAAACUGGAACAAGUGACACUUUGAAAACAGCUAUUACCAGAGCUUCAUCAUUAUACAGUACUGAGAAACCAACAUCAGGGUCAGCUAAAACUCAAGAUACUGUUACGACAAGUCUAACAAGUAAAACAUCAGCUACUCCAGAGACAAGUCCUACUUUCCCCAAAACAGAUGAAGAAAGCUCAGGUGACCAAACCCAAGACAUGUUCACCAGUACCUUCUCUAUCACAGCUAAAUCGUCUCUCUACAGCACUGAGGCACCAACUGCAAGAUCUGUUCUUACAUCUUCUGCUGUUUCAGACAUUGAUAAGAAAGACAUUAAUGGUGAAACUACAAAGGCAGAGUAUAUUCUUACAUCCACUGGAUCAACAAUGAAACCUGAAACAUCAUCGUUUCUCAUUACCACAGAUACAGAGAGUUCUGGAGACAGCACUGAAGACUUCACAGAAAAGUCAAUCAUCACAGCAACUACUGUUUCUUCAUUGUUGAGCACAGAGUCCCCAUCAGUGACAGCAUGGCAAGAAACUGACACAAUUGUUACUUCAAAAACAGCUGUCACUAAAGUUUCAUCACUAUUCAGUACUGAGACACCAUCUUCAGAAACACAGGAUACUGUAACAAGUCCAACUGAAAAAAUAUCAGCUACACCAGAGACAAGUUCUACGAAAACAGAUGAAGAAAGCUCAGGAGACCAAACCCAAGACAUGUCCCCUCAGACUUCCUCUGUCACAGCUAAAUCAACUCCAUACAGCACUGAGGUACCAACAGUAACAUCUCCUGUUACAAUAUCUGCUGUUUCAGGCAUUGAGGAAGGAGAGAUAAGUGGUGAAACUACAACGCUGGACUCAAUUCCUACCUCAAUUGGAUCAACCCUUAAACCUGAAACAUCAUCAUUGCUCAUUCCCACAGGAACAGAGAGUUCUGGAGACAUCACUGAUGAUUUUGCCCAAGAGUCAACCAUCAGAGCAACUACUUUCUCUUCAUUGUCGAGUACAAAGUCACCAUCAGUGACAGCAUCACAUGAAACUGGAACAAGUGACACUUUGAAAACAGCUAUUACCAGAGCUUCAUCAUUAUACAGUACUGAGAAACCAACAUCAGGGUCAGCUAAAACUCAAGAUACUGUUACGACAAGUCUAACAAGUAAAACAUCAGCUACUCCAGAGACAAUUUCUACUUUCCCAACAACAGAUGAAGAAAGCUCAGGUGACCAAACCCAAGACAUGUUCACUAGUACCUUCUCUGUUACAGCUAAAUCGUCUCUCUACAGCACUGAGGCACCAACUGCAAGAUCUGUUCUUACAUCUUCUGCUGUUUCAGACAUUGAUAAGAAAGACAUUAAUGGUGAAACUACAAAGGCAGAGUAUAUUCUUACAUCCACUGGAUCAACAAUGAAACCUGAAACAUCAUCGUUUCUCAUUACCACAGAUACAGAGAGUUCUGGAGACAGCACUGAAUACUUCACAGAAAAGUCAACCAUCAGAGCAACUACUUUCUCUUCAUUGUUGAGUACAAAGUCACCAUCAGUGACAGCAUCACAUGAAACUGGAACAAGUGACACUUUGAAAACAGCUAUUACUAGAGCUUCAUCAUUAUACAGUACUGAGAAACCAACAUCAGGGUCAGCUAAAACUCAAGAUACUGUUACGACAAGUCUAACAAGUAAAACAUCAGCUACACCAGAGACAAGUCCUAGUUUCCCAACAACAGAUGAAGAAAGCUCAGGAGACCAAACCCAAGACAUGUUCCCUCAGACUUCCUCUGUCACAGCUAAAUCAACUCCAUACAGCACUGAGGUACAAACAGUAACAUCUCCUGUUACAAUAUCUGCUGUUUCUUCAUUCUCGAAUACACAGUCAACAUCAGUGAUAGCAUCGCAAGAAACUGAAACAAUUGAUACUUCAAAGACAGCUGUCACUAAAAAAUCAUCACUGUAUAGUACUGAGAAAACAACCUCAGUGUCAACUGGAACACAGGAGACUGUGACCACAAGUGAGACACAGAAAGCAUCAAUAACACUAGAGACGAGUUCUACUUUUGCAACAACCGAUGAAGAAAGUUCAGGUGACCAAACCCAAGAAGAGUUCACUCAGACCUUCUCUGUCACAGCUAAAUCAACACUAUACAGCACUGAAGAAUCAAAAGCAACAUCUCAUGUUACCUCAUCUGCUGUUUCAGACAUGGAGGAUCAAUACCUAAGCACAACAGCCCCUUUAGUUUCUAGUAGUUCAACCGUUACUAAACAGACAGAGAAGACUGAGAUAACACCAGAAUUGGUGACUGCUGAUAUGUCUAUACCAAAGGUAGAGGGUUUAAUGGUUCAAACCUUAAAUAGUUUCACAACUGGCCCAAUGUUGCCUACUACUGCAGAGACUGCAACAUCAAGUGCUAUAAAUACAACAGAUCAAGCUCCAUGGGAGAGUCAAGUAACAUCACAAACAGUGAAAUCAAUAGGCCCAGAUAAAACAAAUGUUCCUUCAACUUCAACACCCACAACUAUGCAUGAAGAGUUGAAACAGGAUGAUACAACAACUCCUUCCUCACAUCGAUCCAUUGCAACCACUGCGUUUCCUUUAUACAGUGCUAUUGAAAUGAUUAAGACAACAAUGGCGUCAUUCACCGAAUAUUUCAGACAUUACUCAACACAAAGUGCAUCAACUAUGGAACAAGUUGAUGUAACUUAUCUGGCUACAUCAUCUGCCUCAAGCAUUGAGGAUAAAGACAUUAGCAGUGAAACUAUAAAGGCAGAUUCAGUUCUUACCUCAAUUGGAUCAACCCUUAAACCGGAAACAUCAUCAUUGCUCAUUCCCACAGGAAGAGAGGGUUCUGGAGACAUCACUGAUGAUUUUGCCCAAGAGUCAACCAUCAGAGCAACUACUUUCUCUUCAUUGUCGAGUACAAAGUCACCAUCAGUGACAGCAUCACAUGCAACUGGAACAAGUGACACUUUGAAAACAGCUAUUACCAGAGCUUCAUCAUUAUACAGUACUGAGAAACCAACAUCAGGGUCAGCUAAAACUCAAGAUACUGUUACGACAAGUCUAACAAUUAAAACAUCAGCUACACCAGAGACAAGUCCUACUUUCACAACAUUAGAGGAAGAGAGCUCAGUAGAGCAAACUACUAAAAUGUCAAGCAAAGACACUACGGUUCCUACAUAUUCUUCGUUGUUUAGCACUGAUAAAUCAACUGUUCUUUCCAUUGGGGAACAAGCCAGUGCUACAACAGCUCAGACACAGAAGUCCUCAGUCUCUGCAAUAACUGAUAACACCGAACAAAGUGCCAUGGUCACUCAAGCAGCUGAAGAUGGCUCAGGUGACCAAACAUCUGAAAUGUACACUGAUAUCUCUUCCGUCAUACAUUUUACAAAACUGCCAUCAUUUACAGGAGAACCAUCCAUUUCUCCAUCCUCUGAUGAGACACUCACAAGCUCAAUGACAAUGUCUCCAAGUUGGGCAUCUGUUAAAUCCUCUGUUACGGAAAUGGAUGAUGAUUCUAUCAGCAGUAUAUCUACAAUGGUGGAGUCCAUUCCUUCAUUCAGUGGACCAACCAUGGGCCCUGGAACUGCAUCAUUGGCACUUCAACCUACCUCUCAAGCUGAAAAGUCUGUAGACAGCAGUGUUGAUUUCACCGCAGAGUCCUUACUUCUGGCAACCACUCUGUCCUCAAUGUUAAACACUGAAACUCCAUCGGUGACUGUCACAAGUCUCACAAGUAAAACAUCAGCUAGACCAGAGACAAGUUCUACUUUCCCAACAACAGAUGAAGAUGGCUCAGGUGACCAAACCCAAGACAUUUUCACGCAGUCUUCCUCUGUCACGUCUAAAUCCAGUCUGUUUAGCACUGAGGCACCAACGGCAACAUCUCCGGUUACAUCAUCUGCUGUUUCAGACAGUAAGGAUAAAGACAUUAGCAGUGAAACUAUAAAGGCGGAUUCAGUUCUUACCUCAAUUGGAUCAACCCUUAAACCGGAAACAUCAUCAUUGCUCAUUCCCACAGGAACAGAGGGUUCUGGAGACAACACUGAUGAUUUUGCCCAAGAGUCAACCAUCAGAGCAACUGCUUUCUCUUCAUUGUCGACUACAAAGUCACCAUCAGUGACAGCAUCACAAGAAACUGAAAAAAGUGACACUUUGAAAACAGCUAUUACCAGAGCUUCAUCAUUAUACAGUACUGAGAAACCAACAUCAGGGUCAGCUAAAACUCAAGAUACUGUUACGACAAGUGUAACAAGUAAAACAUCAGCUACACCAGAGACAAGUCCUAGUUUCCCCAAAACAGAUGAAGAUGGCUCAGGUGACCAAACCCAAGACAUGUUGACGCAGUCUUCCACUGUCACGUCUAAAUCCUCUCUGUUUAGCACUGAGGCACCAACUGCAACAUCUCCGGUUACAUCAUCUGCUGUUUCAGACAUUAAGGAUAAAGACAUUAGCAGUGAAACUAUAAAGGCUGAUUCAGUUCUUACCUCAAUUGGAUCAACCCUUAAACCUGAAACAUCAUCAUUGCUCAUUCCCACAGGAACAGAGGGUUCUGGGGACAACACUGAUGAUUUUGCCCAAGAGUCAACCAUCAGAGCAACUGCUUUCUCUUCAUUGUCGAUUACAAAGUCACCAUCAGUGACAGCAUCACAUGAAACUGGAACAAGUGACACUUUGAAAACAGCUAUUACCAGAGCUUCAUCAUUAUACAGUACUGAGAAACCAACAUCAGGGUCAGCUAAAACUCAAGAUACUGUUACGACAAGUCUAACAAGUAAAACAUCAGCUACACCAGAGACAAGUCCUAGUUUCCCAACAUUAGAGGAAGAGAGCUCAGUAGAGCAAACUACUAAAAUGUCCAGCAAAGACACUACGGUUCCUACAUCUUCUUCGUUGUUUAGCACUGAUAAAUCAACUGUUCUUUCCAUUGGGGAACAAGCCAGUGCUACAACAGCUCAGACACAGAAGUCCUCAGUCUCUGCAAUAACUGAUAACACCGAACAAAGUGCCAUGGUCACUCAAGCAGCUGAAGAUGGCUCAGGUGACCAAACAUCUGAAAUGUACACUGAUAUCUCUUCCGUCAUACAUUUUACAAAACUGCCAUCAUUUACAGGAGAACCAUCCAUUUCUCCAUCCUCUGAUGAGACACUCACAAGCUCAAUGACAAUGUCUCCAAGUUGGGCAUCUGUUAUAUCCUCUGUUACGGAAAUGGAGGAUGAUUCUAUCAGCAGUAUAUCUACAAUGGUGGAGUCCAUUCCUUCAUUCAGUGGACCAACCAUGGGCCCUGGAACUGCAUCAUUGGCACUUCAACCUACCUCUCAAGCUGAAAAGUCUGUAGACAGCAGUGUUGAUUUCACCGCAGAGUCCUUACUUCUGGCAACCACUCUGUCCUCAAUGUUAAACACUGAAACUCCAUCGGUGACUGUCACAAGUCUCACAAGUAAAACAUCAGCUAGACCAGAGACAAGUUCUCCUCUCUCAAAAAAAGAUGAAGAUGGCUCAGGUGACCAAACCCAAGACAUUUUCACGCAGUCGUCCUCUGUCACGUCUAAAUCCAGUCUGUUUAGCACUGAGGCACCAACGGCAACAUCUCCGGUUACAUCAUCUGCUGUUUCAGACAGUAAGGAUAAAGACAUUAGCAGUGAAACUAUAAAGGCAGAUUCAGUUCUUACCUCAAUUGGAUCAACCCUUAAACCGGAAACAUCAUCAUUGCUCAUUCCCACAGGAACAGAGGGUUCUGGAGACAACACUGAUGAUUUUGCCCAAGAGUCAACCAUCAGAGCAACUGCUUUCUCUUCAUUGUCGAGUACAAAGUCACCAUCAGUGACAGCAUCACAUGAAACUGGAACAAGUGACACUUUGAAAACAGCUAUUACCAGAGCUUCAUCAUUAUACAGUACUGAGAAACCAACAUCAGGGUCAGCUAAAACUCAAGAUACUGUUACGACAAGUCUAACAAUUAAAACAUCAGCUACACCAGAGACAAGUCCUAGUUUCCCAACAUUAGAGGAAGAGAGCUCAGUAGAGCAAACUAAUAAAAUGUCCAGCAAAGACACUAUGGUUCCUACAUCUUCUUCGCUGUUUAGCACUGAGAGAUCAACUGUUCUUUCCAUUGUGGAACAAGCCAGUGCUACAACAGCUCAGACAGAGAAGUCCUCAGUCUCUGCAAUAACUGAUAACACCGAACAAAGUGCCAUAGUCACUCAAGCAGCUGAAGAUGGCUCAGGUGACCAAACAUCUGAAAUGUACACUGAUAUCUCCUCCGUCAUAAAUUUCACAAAACUGCCAUCAUUUACAGGAGAACCAUCCAUUUCUCCAUCCUCUGAUGAGACAUUCACAAGCUCAAUGACAAUGUCUCCAAGUUGGGUAUCUGUUAAAUCCUCUGUUACGGAAAUGGAUGAUGAUUCUAUCAGCAGUAUAUCUACAAUGGUGGAGUCCAUUCCUUCAUUCAGUGGACCAACCAUGGGCCCUGGAACUGCAUCAUUGGCACUUCAACCUACCACUCAAGCUGAAAAGUCUGUAGACAGCAGUGUAGAUUUAAUCGCAGAGUCCUUACUUCUGGCAACCACUCUGUCCUCAAUGUUAAACACUGAAACUCCAUCGGUGACUGUCACAAGUCAAACAUCAGCUAGACCAGAGACAAGUUCUAUUCUCUCAAAAACAGAUGAAGAUGGCUCAGGUGACCAAACCCAAGACAUGUUGACGCAGUCUUCCUCUGUCACGUCUAAAUCCUCUCUGUUUAGCACUGAGACACCAACUGCAACAUCUCCGGUUACAUCAUCUGCUGUUUCAGACAGUAAGGAUCAAGACAUUAGCAGUGAAACUAUAAAGGCGGAUUCAGUUCUUAUCUCAAUUGGAUCAACCCUUAAACCGGAAACAUCAUCAUUGCUCAUUCCCACAGGAACAGAGGGUUCUGGGGACAACACUGAUGAUUUUGCCCAAGAGUCAACCAUCAGAGCAACUACUUUCUCUUCAUUGUCGAGUACAAAGUCACCAUCAGUGACAGCAUCACAUGAAACUGGAACAAGUGACACUUUGAAAACAGCUAUUACCAGAGCUUCAUCAUUAUACAGUACUGAGAAACCAACAUCGGGGUCAGCUAAAACUCAAGAUACUGUUACGACAAGUCUAACAAUUAAAACAUCAGCUACACCAGAGACAAGUUCUACUUUCCCAACAACAGAUGAAGAUGGCUCAGGUGACCAAACCCAAGACAUUUUCAUGCAGUCUUCCACUGUCACAUCUAAAUCCUCUCUGUUUAGCACUGAGGCACCAACUGCAACAUCUCCGGUUACAUCAUCUGCUGUUUCAGACAUUAAGGAUAAAGACAUUAGCAGUGAAACUAUAAAGGCGGAUUCAGUUCUUACCUCAAUUGGAUCAACCCUUAAACCGGAAACAUCAUCAUUGCUCAUUCCCACAGGAACAGAGGGUUCUGGGGACAACACUGAGGAUUUUGUCCAAGAGUCAACCAUCAGAGCAACUGCUUUCUCUUCAUUGUCGAGUACAAAGUCACCAUCAGUGACAGCAUCGCAUGAAACUGGAACAAGUGACACUUUGAAAACAGCUAUUACCAGAGCUUCAUCAUUAUACAGUACUGAGAAACCAACAUCGGGAUCAGCUACAACUCAAGAUACUGUUACGACAAGUCUAACAAGUAAAACAUCAGCUACACCAGAGACAAGUCCUAGUUUCCCAACAUUAGAGGAAGAGAGCUCAGUCGAGCAAACUACUAAAAUGUCCAGCAAAGACACUACGGUUCCUACAUCUUCUUCGUUGUUUAGCACUGAGAAAUCAACUGUUCUUUCCAUUGGGGAACAAGCCAGUGCUACAACAGCUCAGACAGAGAAGUCCUCAGUCUCUGCAAUAACUGAUAAGACCGAACAAAGUGCCAUGGUCACUCAAGCAGCUGAAGAUGGCUCAGGUGACCAAACAUCUGAAAUGUACACUGAUAUCUCCUCCGUCAUAAAUUUCACAAAACUGCUAUCAUUUACAGGAGAACCAUCCAUUUCUCCAUCCUCUGAUGAGACACUCACAAGCUCAAUGACAAUGUCUCCAAGUUGGGUAUCUGUUAUAUCCUCUGUUACGGAAAUGAAUGAUGAUUCUAUCAGCAGUAUAUCUACAAUGGUGGAGUCCAUUCCUUCAUUCAGUGGACCAACCAUGGGCCCUGGAACUGCAUCAUUGGCACUUCAACCUACAACUCAAGCUGAAAAGUCUGUAGACAGCAGUGUUGAUUUCACCGCAGAGUCCUUACUUCUGGCAACCACUCUGUCCUCAAUGUUAAACACUGAAAAUCCAUCGGUGACUGUCACAAGUCAAACAUCAGCUAGACCAGAGACAAGUUCUCCUCUCUCAAAAAAAGAUGAAGAUGGUUCAGGUGACCAAACCCAAGACAUGUUGACGCAGUCUUCCUCUGUCACGUCUAAAGCCUCUCUGUUUAGCACUGAGGCACCAACGGCAACAUCUCCGGUUACAUCAUCUGCUGUUUCAGACAGUAAGGAUAAAGACAUUAGCAGUGAAACUAUAAAGGCGGAUUCAGUUCUUACCUCAAUUGGAUCAACCCUUAAACCGGAAAGAUCAUCAUUGCUCAUUCCCACAGGAACAGAGGGUUCUGGAGACAACACUGAUGAUUUUGCCCAAGAGUCAACCAUCAGAGCAACUGCUUUCUCUUCAUUGUCGAGUACAAAGUCACCAUCAGUGACAGCAUCACAAGAAACUGAAACAAGUGACACUUUGAAAACAGCUAUUACCAGAGCUUCAUCAUUAUACAGUACUGAGAAACCAACAUCAGGGUCAGCUAAAACUCAAGAUACUGUUACGACAACUGUAACAAGUAAAACAUCAGCUACACCAGAGACAAGUUCUACUUUCCCCAAAACAGAUGAAGAUGGCUCAGGUGACCAAACCCAAGACAUUUUCAUGCAGUUUUCCACUGUCACAUCUAAAUCCUCUCUGUUUAGCACUGAGGCACCAACUGCUACAUCUCCGGUUACAUCAUCUGCUGUUUCAGACAGUAAGGAUAAAGACAUUAGCAGUGAAACUAUAAAGGCGGAUUCAGUUCUUACCUCAAUUGGAUCAACCCUUAAACCGGAAAGAUCAUCAUUGCUCAUUCCCACAGGAACAGAGGGUUCUGGAGACAACACUGAUGAUUUUGCCCAAGAGUCAACCAUCAGAGCAACUGCUUUCUCUUCAUUGUCGAGUACAAAGUCACCAUCAGUGACAGCAUCACAAGAAACUGAAACAAGUGACACUUUGAAAACAGCUAUUACCAGAGCUUCAUCAUUAUACAGUACUGAGAAACCAACAUCGGGGUCAGCUAAAACUCAAGAUACUGUUACGACAAGUCUAACAAGUAAAACAUCAGCUACACCAGAGACAAGUUCUACUUUCCCAACAUUAGAGGAAGAGAGCUCAGUAGAGCAAACUACUAAAAUGUCCAGCAAAGACACUACGGUUCCUACAUCUUCUUCGUUGUUUAGCACUGAGAAAUCAACUCUUCUUUCCAUUGGGGGACAAGCCAGUGCUACAACAGCUCAGACAGAGAAGUCCUCAGUCUCUGCAAUAACUGAUAAGACGGAACAAAGUUCCAUGAUCACUCAAGCAGCUGAAGAUGGCUCAGGUGACCAAACAUCUGAAAUGUACACUGAUAUCUCUUCCGUCAUACAUUUCACAAAACUGCCAUCAUUUACAGGAGAACCAUCCAUUUCUCCAUCCUCUGAUGAGACAUUCACAAGCUCAAUGACAAUGUCUCCAAAUUGGGCAUCUGUUAAAUCCUCUGUUACGGAAAUGGAUGAUGAUUCUAUCAGCAGUAUAUCUACAAUGGUGGAGUCCAUUCCUUCAUUCAGUGGACCAACCAUGGGCCCUGGAACUGCAUCAUUGGCACUUCAACCUACCUCUCAAGCUGAAAAGUCUGUAGACAGCAGUGUUGAUUUCACCGCAGAGUCCUUACUUCUGGCAACCACUCUGUCCUCAAUGUUAAACACUGAAACUCCAUCAAUGACUGUCACAAGUCAAACAGAAAGAUUAUCAGCUACACCAGAGACAAGUUCUACUCUCUCAAAAACAGAUGAAGAUGGCUCAGGUGACCAAACCCAAGACAUGUUGACGCAGUCUUCCUCUGUCACGUCUAAAUCCUCUCUGUUUAGCACUGAGGCACCAACUGCAACAUCUCCGGUUACAUCAUCUGCUGUUUCAGACAGUAAGGAUCAAGACAUUAGCAGUGAAACUAUAAAGGCGGAUUCAGUUCUUACCUCAAUUGAAUCAACCCUUAAACCUGAAACAUCAUCAUUGCUUAUUCCCACAGGAACAGAGGGUUCUGGGGACAUCACUGAUGAUUUUACCCAAGAGUCAACCAUCAGAGCAACUACUUUCUCUUCAUUGUCGAGUACAAAGUCACCAUCAGUGACAGCAUCACAAGAAACUGAAACAAGUGACACUUUGAAAACAGCUAUUACCAGAGCUUCAUCAUUAUACAGUACUGAGAAACCAACAUCAGGGUCAGCUAAAACUCAAGAUACUGUUACGACAAGUCUAACAAGUAAAACGUCAGCUACACCAGAGACAAGUUCUACUUUCCCAACAUUAGAGGAAGAGAGCUCAGUAGAGCAAACUACUAAAAUGUCCAGCAAAGACACGAUGGUUCCUACAUCUUCUUCGUUGUUUAGCACUGAGAAAUCAACUGUUCUUUCCAUCUGGGAACAAGCCAGUGCUAGAACAGCUCAGACAGAGAAGUCCUCAGUCUCUGCAAUAACUGAUAAGACGGAACAAAGUUCCAUGAUCACUCAAGCAGCUGAAGAUGGCUCAGGUGACCAAACAUCUGAAAUCUACACUGAUAUCUCUUCCGUCAUAAAUUUCACAAAACUGCCAUCAUUUACAGGAGAACCAUCCAUUUCUUCAUCCUCUGAUGAGACACUCACAAGCUCAAUGACAAUGUCUCCAAGUUGGGCAUCUGUUAUAUCCUCUGUUACGGAAAUGAAUGAUGAUUCUAUCAGCAGUAUAUCUACAAUGGUGGAGUCCAUUCCUUCAUUCAGUGGACCAACCAUGGGCCCUGGAACUGCAUCAUUGGCACUUCAACCUACCACUCAAGCUGAAAAGUCUGUAGACAGCAGUGUUGAUUUCACCGCAGAGUCCUUACUUCUGGCAACCACUCUGUCCUCAAUGUUAAACACUGAAACUCCAUCGGUGACUGUCACAAGUCAAACAGAAAGAUUAUCAGCUACACCAGAGACAAGUUCUACUCUCUCAAAAACAGAUGAAGAUGGCUCAGGUGACCAAACCCAAGACAUGUUGACGCAGUCUUCCUCUGUCACGUCUAAAUCCUCUCUGUUUAGCACUGAGGCACCAACGGCAAUAUCUCCGGUUACAUCAUCCGCUGUUUCAGACAGUAAGGAUCAAGACAUUAGCAGUGAAACUAUAAAGGCGGAUUCAGUUCUUACCUCAAUUGGAUCAACCCUUAAACCGGAAACAUCAUCAUUGCUCAUUCCCACAGGAACAGAGGGUUCUGGAGACAACACUGAUGAUUUUUCCCAAGAGUCAACCAUCAGAGCAACUGCUUUCUCUUCAUUGUCGAGUACAAAGUCACCAUCAGUGACAGCAUCGCAUGAAACUGAAACAAGUGACACUUUGAAAACAGCUAUUACCAGAGCUUCAUCAUUAUACAGUACUGAGAAACCAACAUCAGGGUCAGCUAAAACUCAAGAUACUGUUACGACAAGUCUAACAAGUAAAACAUCAGCUACACCAGAGACAAGUCAUACUCUCUCAAAAACAGACAACACUGACACUUUCACUAAAGCGCCCUUCACCACAGUAACUGCUGUCUUAUCAAUGUCUAGCACAGAUUUGCCACCAAUCACAGCAUCACGUGAAACUGAAACAAGUAAAACUUCAGCAAUCCAGAUCAUUGAAGAUUUGGAGACAAGUUCUACAAUUAGUUUUUCAGAAGAAGACAGCUCAAAUGGGCACACAACUGAAAUUCUAACAGAUGAAUCAUCCAUUCUGUCUGUUGUGUCAACUACUGACCAAAAAGUGAAUCCAAUUAGUCACUCAGCUAUAGUUAUUGGCAGCUCACGGGAAACAGUUACUGCAUCUCCUAGCUUCACAAGCCCAUCCAUUCCUGUAAUUGAUGAGAGUGAGUUGAUUUAUCAAACCACCACUGUUGCUGGUAUAAAAAGCACUUUUUCUUCCAUGUUCAGCACAGAAAGACCAACAGUAACCACAGGAUUACUUGAACCUGAACAAAUUCAUACCUCUGAAUCUACUAUUACGUCUCCUCCAACUGAUAUUUCAUCAUCCUCUUUGUUCAGCACAGCGAAACCUAUGAUCACAACUGUUGCAAGUGUGGCAGUCUCAAAGACAAUGACAGAUAUUACUUCAUCUCUUCACAGUACUGAAAAACCUAAAGUGGUUUCAGCGAGCACAAUGCAUGCAGAGGGCUCUGGUGACCAGUUCACUGAUAUGUCGGGUCGGAUCUCAGCUGUGACAGAUUCUUCGGUUGCAACCUCCUCUGAUGGUACUAAAACCAUUGACGUUUUAAAAUCUCAAGUAACCAAAGCUUCUUCUCUCUACAGUACUGAGAAACCAACACCAGUACCACCAACUGCAUCCAUUGAAUCUAAAAGCAAAAUCCCAUUUUCUACAGCCACAGAUACAAUUGAAAUAGCUGAGACUCAGACCACAUCACAACCUAUUGUUGAAUCAUCAUCCCAAACUACUUCACCGUUGAUGAAAGAAGAAUCUACAGAUGUUACCCACUUUUCUACCACAAUUGAGGCUACUUCUGUAUCAGACUCUGAGUUAGAAAGUGGUGAUUUUGCUGAACUAGAGGGCUCAGGAGAAGACACAUCUGAAUCCACAGAUAAAACUCCAACAACAACAGCCUUUGAUCAACACACAAUAAUGACCUCUGAGCCAUCAAUUGCCUCCACUUUUAUGGAAGGAAAAAGUUCAAGUGCAGGAGAUUUUACAACGGUCCCAACAAGUCCUUUUACCUUAGGAACCUCUCAACCCAUGGCGAUCCCUAGUGUCACUGUGCAUACCUUAAAGGAAACCUCCACAUUUAUUGACAUGGAGAGCUCUGGUAGCUAUACCGAUGAGGAUGAUUUGGAAUCUAGUACAGAUGGAUCUGGUGCAGGGAUAUCUGUUGAGACUACCAUAAAACCCCAGAACGAAUUUACUGAAGCCACAGAUGAGACUGAAUUAGAUGACAAAGAGAGCACCCCUGACAUGUUAAGUGUUGCAUCCUCAACUCAAUCCAAUACACAGUUUACCAAGGAAUUGAUGACAUCAACUCAAUCACCACACCUGACAAGCAGUGAGCAUUUUAUUACUGAACAGGGCAGUGGGGUCUUCACAGAUAACUCUACAUUGGAGGAUGAGAGUUCAGGUGAUGAUCUUUCUGAUGGACCAACUACAUUUGAACCAGUCACAAGUCAUCCCCUGUCCACAACUGUUGCAGCUACAAAAGGAAUCAUGUUAUCAUCUAGUGCUGUUGUUUUUCCUGAGGAGAGCUCAAAUGACCAAACAACUGCUUUAUUGGAUAUUAAAGAUAUAGAGAUAACGAGUACAGCUUCUUCCCUAUUCAGCACAGAGAAACCUAAAACAACAACAUCAUUGCAUGAAAGUGGACCAUAUGUUUCAACAUCUGCUCAAACAGUAUCAUCUUCUCUCUACAGCACUGAGAAACCAAACAUAACAGUAUAUGCUGUAACAUCUGCCCAGUUGGGUAACACAUCUUUAUCUGCAACAGCUACAUCAACACCAAGUUCAGCCUUCACAUUUGGAGAAGCCACAGGUGAAACUGAAACCCUUUUGUCUGUCACAGCAACCACUGAUGAGCAGGUUUCCUCACAGUCGGGGGACAUUGCUCCAGAUACAGAAAGACCCAUCACUUCUGAAUCGACAGUGCCUUCUGUCUCAAGCAUUGGCCAGGAGGAAUUUACUCUAGCUGAGCACAUAACGCAGUCAUCCUAUACAACUGUCUCCCCCCAUACAAAAGAAGCUUCAGUUAGUGAUCACUCUGCAAUUGACUUCACCACAGAAAGCUCAAGCACUGAACAUAAGCAAACUGUAGGCACAAUGAUGUCCACCCCUAUUCCCUCCAUUAUAUAUCAAAGCAUCACAGACCAACAGGUUGUCAUCAUUACUCCCAGUAGCAGCAUAGCCAACACUGACCUAACUGAACAAACACCUACCAUGGUCCUGCAUGUGUCUAAACCAUCAACCAGCACAACCAUCAUAUUCACAGAGGAUGCAAAAGAUGAAGAUGAGCUUUUCUCUACAGCUACAGACAGUAUGAGGGAAGGAAGCCCCACUCCCGAACUUAUUACCAAAGAUGAUAAUAUCAUUGAUGCAGACACUAUCUCCAUAGUUCCCUCUUCUUCCUUUUACCUAACUAUUCAGACAGAGGAAGCUGGAGGUGUCACACAAAUUACAAUGUCUCAAAUGUCGGAAGUAACAGAACAAUCAGAAGGUUCAGGGACUGAUGCCACCUUCUUCACUCCUACACCAGUAACUUUACAUGCAACCUCAAUCACUGAAUUGGCAUUAGCCUUAUCGUCUUCAGAAUAUUCAACACCCACUCCAAAACCAACAAUUGUGGAAGGUGUAUCUAGUAUGGAGACAUCUAGUGAAGAGGUGGAGACAUCUAGUGAAGAGGUGGUUACAUCUGCACCACAGGCCACUCCAGCUAACACUCUGUCUGCAAAUUCAGUCUCUCAAGUAACCCAUUUAACUACACCUUAUACUGUAUUUCCUAUUGAGACACAAUCAAAACCAGUUCCAGAGCUGGUGGAGAAGGACUUUUCAGGCGAUGACACUGCUGAUAAUGUUACUGAGUCUAUCACUGAGAUUGCUGCUUCAUCAUUUGUGCCUUCUCAAACUUUAACUGAAACAACAGACUCAAGCUCAAUCACACCGGUGUCAAGUGAGGAGUAUAUGUUCAGCACAGUGGAAAAAGAAAAUAACAUGACAUCCUUACCCACAGCCGUUCCUGCCACAAGUCAUGGCCCAACAGGUGAAACAUUAAGUUUGACAAUUUCCACGCAAACUGUUGUACCUUCAGUUGCUGCCACACAACUUACAUCAGUGUCCACUGAACCUGGCACACUGAAAACAACGAGUAAAGCUUUUGAUAAAGAAUCUUCAGGUGAUGACUCUAGUGAAUGGACAGCAUCUGAGAAAACAACAACAUCUACAGUCUCUUUACUGUUCAGCACUGAAAAAUCAACUGUUGCGCCUGAACAAGGACAUACAAAUGAGGUGAUUCCAGAUCAACAAAAUCAAAGUAUGUUCACUGAGGGCAUAAUAACAACAGAUAAGGCAGAACACAUCUCACCAACCUCACCUGGCACUGCCACAGGAGAGUUUGCAAAGUCACCAGCAAGUGCUCCCUCUUCUCUUUAUAGUACAGAGAAACCAUCUGUCACUGUUUUGAAAGAUGUAACUGAUGCAGACACUUCAAUGUAUCCAACUUCUGCUACACUAACAACUUCAACAUUGAAGGUAGAACCAGUAACAUUUUCCGUGACCUCAACUGAACCUGCCAUGGAGCAGAUAGCAAUUGCAGUAUCACAUACUGCUUCCAGUCUUUAUAGCACUGAGAAGCCAACUGUCACAUCAUCUCCUGAUGUUACUGGGAAGGAUAGCUCUGAUGAUUACACGGUCACAAAACCUGCAACACAAAAAUAUACUCUUCUGCACAGUACAAUGGACCAAUUGCUUUCCAAAAUGACAUCACCUCCUCACUACAGCACAGAUACAUUUUUAAUCCCAAAUAACAUUGAUGUUGUAGGCUCUGGAGAUUACCUUUCAGAAACCACAACUGCAUCAUCUAAGACUUUGACAAUCAAGACUGAAAAUACUGUGGCCCCUCCACUCUCCCAUUAUUUCAGCACAGAGAAACCCACCACAAUGACCUUAGAGUAUACAACUCAAAUGAGUGAGAUAACCACAGAGUUAGUGAAAGCAUCAACAUCAGAAACAGUUUCAACCCCUACCAAUGUUGCAUUAUCAACCCCAGCACAUGAAGAGAGCACAAGGGACCACAUUACCUCUAAAUCUACAGAAGAAUCAACUUCCACAUUGACAUUAUCUUCUCUUUCAAGCACUCCAAAGCCUGAUGUAAUGGUUCAGUUUGUUACUACUUAUGUACCUGAACCAGAUACGACACAAUCUGAGGUGUCCUUCCAACAGGCCCGCUCUGAGAUCAUGUUCACUCAUCAUCCACACAUUGAAAUCUCCUCUGAGAAAACUGUGUUGGCCACAACCAGCCCAAUGAUGCCAAGUGAGGAGUCAAGCCAGCACUUUGAACCUAGUGAUGUGAUUUCCCAGACUGCAAUUACACCCUCAUCACUGAAAGAUAAAACAGCUGAAGCACAGAGCCAAGCACCUAUGACCAAAGAAGUUUCAACUGAUGCUAGAGGUAGCACAGUUGAAGAUAGUAAAACAUCUGUUGACGACUCAAUAACUUCCCAUCUUACUGAUCAAACUGUUUAUUCUAAAGGGACAGAGCCUUCCUCUGCAGACUCAAGCUCAGUGGAAACAUCUGCAGUGAGUUCAAGUGAACAAACUCUAGAAGCAACAGCUUCUUCACUUUCAAUGCCAACAAAAGAGAUGCCAUCCUCAACUGUGUCCUCACUUUUUAGCACCGAGACUCCAUUGGUUUCUUCCAUUUCUGAUGUCACUGAUCGAGUGUCUUUCGAAAAGUCAUCAACAACAUUGCCCAAAACGGUGACAGGAAAGAGAGGAGAGACUGCAACUUCCCCACCCGCCUAUCAAAAGUCAACUGCAGUGUCAAGUUUUGCAAGUACAUCAUCGGAGAGUGAGGAAAUCCCUGUUUCAACAGCAACAACUAUGAGCAUUUUAACAGAAGAAGAAGGUUCUGAUUCUGUCACUCCAGCUGUUUCCUCUGUUUCCAGUACUAUUGAUUUGGAUAUAACCACAAGCACUUUAUCACCUGAGAUGGCAAACACCCAAACAGAUAAACUAGAAUCCUCUACAUCUGAACAAACCUCAGGUCCGAAGGCAACUGAGACCUUCAUCACUGACGCUUAUGCAACACAAUACCCUGCUGUGACCAGCACUGAAGAGUCACCAAAGACAUUAACUUCUGUUGAAUCAUGGUCAACAGCUUCUGAAAGUGAAGAGACACAAGAUGCAGACCUAACAAGCACACAUCAACCUACUGGUGUUACACAUGCAGCAGAAAUCUCUAUGAGUUCAGAGACUAAAGUAGUAGUCACCACAAUGCCAACAGAACACAUUUCCUUUGAAUCUACUUCAAAUGUUCCCUCAAAAUCAUCACCAUCACAGCCUGAAGUCAUGGUCCAAUUUCUCACAACGUUUUCCCCUGCACAACACCUAACCACUCCCCAGAGGUCAUUUGAACAGGCCAGAUCAGAGAUUGCAAUAACACACAUCCCUCACACUGAUCUUUCUUCUCAGGAUAUAUCACUGACCACAACUCGCCCUAUGUUCACAAGUCAUGAAGCAAACCAGAUUACAGAAUCAACAACUGUGCCCGCUACCUCGUCUUCUGUGGCUGAAGCUGUUUCUGCUUCAGUGGAAGAUGGGACAGUUGAAUCCUUGAAUCCUGGUGCAAAGCCAGAACCAUUUCCAGCUACAGUUCACCAACCCACCUCUUUAGAAAAUAUAUAUGAUGUCAAUACAGAUUAUCCUAUCCCAGAUUAUGAAGAUCCAAACCUUACCAUUGUUGAAUCAACUCCACCAUCCAAUGAAACUAAAACAUCCCAAGACACAGCAGUGUUCCUUACUACACCAGCUGUUGCUCCUCAACCAUCUGAGAGUCAACCUACUGACUCAGUAAGCAGUUCUGGAAGUAGCUCAGAAGAAAGGUCUUCUACGAAGUCUCCCGUAGAAGCAGCAGCCGCUAUCACUUUCUUGCCUUCUGCUUCAGCUCCCGUCAGUACAGCAUCCUCCUCUAGUUCUGAGAGUGGUUCAGAAAGCAUUAGCAGCUCAGAAGAAAACAUGUUGUUGAAGAUAGAUAAUAAUGAAGUUGCGAACGUCACCUCUGAAAUGAUAUCUGCCACGACUAGGUCACCAUUUAUCCUUAGCACUAGGGCUGAAAGUGGGUCCGUCAGUUCUGACAGUGCAUCCUCCAGCUUUGAGAAUGUGUCUGAUGAAAUGACUACUACAAAGAAACCAAAGAUCAUCAAUACGGAGCAACAGUCCCUGUCCCUAGAUGACAUUCUGACAGUAUUCAAGGUCAAUGCUACCACAGUCUCAAAGAUAGAGUCCACUAGUGUUGAUAGUACCUCUGAGAAAGAAGAUGAGAGCAAAAUGGACGUCUCUACUUACACUGAAAUACCCACAAGGACCCAAACAGAGUUCACAACGGCAGCAGCUCAAGCCCAAAGCCAUUCAGUUUUGGUUGCAUCUCUAGCCACCACUCCGUCCUCUUUUUCUGAGGAACAACAUAAUGACACAACAGUCAUUAAAGGAGAACCACCACUAACAGGGGAGGAAACAACUGCAGUAGCUGACAUAGGAUUCGAGUUGGGGCACACUGUCGUUGGCGAGACUGUCGAAAUACAAGACUCGUGUACAGAAAACAUUUGUCUCAAUGGAGGAUCUUGCUUCAAGAGUGGCAGCAUCUAUACGUGUAGCUGUACUCCUGGUUACAGUGGUUAUCGCUGUGAAACAGAUAUUGAUGAGUGCCAGUCAAACCCAUGCCGCAAUGGAGGUACAUGUGUUGAUGGGCUGGCCUCCUUUACUUGUGUCUGCCUACCAAGCUACUCUGGGCUGUAUUGUGAGGAGGAUACAGAAACAUGUGACUAUGGCUGGCAUAAGUUCCAGGGCCACUGCUACAAGUACUUCCCCCAAAGAAGAAACUGGGACACAGCAGAGAGAGAGUGUCGCAUGCAUGGGGCUCAUCUCACCAGCAUCCUCUCCCACGAGGAGCAACAUUAUGUCAACCGUCUUGGACAGGACUACCAGUGGAUUGGCCUGAAUGAUAAGAUGUUUGACAGUGAUUUCCGCUGGACUGACGGCAGACCUGUGCAAUAUGAAAACUGGAGACCCAACCAGCCUGACAGCUUCUUCUCUUCUGGUGAGGAUUGUGUUGUGAUGAUAUGGCACGAGGAUGGCCAAUGGAAUGAUGUUCCUUGCAACUACCAUCUGACCUACACUUGCAAAAAGGGCACAGUGGCCUGUAACCAGCCCCCUCUGGUGGAGAAUGCACGUACCUUUGGUAAAAAGCGUGAGAGGUAUGAGAUCAACUCGCUGGUGAGAUACCAGUGUCGAACAGGCUUUAUUCAGAGGCACGUCCCAACUAUCCGUUGUCGUGGAGAUGGACGAUGGGAUAGCCCUAAAAUAGCCUGCAAUAACCCAUCAAGCUAUCAGAGGAAUGUUUUCCAAAAACAUCAACACAAGAGUCUCUACAGCGUAAAUAACUUUAAAAGUUGGCCGGACGCAGCCUUUCGCUUUCACCAUCAGCGCUACCGGGGAAGAAGAGAGAGAACUGAACAUAAGCAGAACAGAAAGUAAUGCCAUUUAACGUGGCACAGCUUCCCCAGGACAAGAACACAUGGCUGAUGCUUGUGUGAAAGAGGAAAACGAUUCCCCAAGAAAAAGCACGUGAGAAAACUCAUCAAAAGAAACCAGGCGGAUAACCUGCAGCUUUUGUUGCAUUUUGGAUGACAAUGGAAUCUUAUGAAGUGCCUUUUGAAAAGAUGUUGAUACAUAACUUUUCUUAUCAAGGAGCACAGUUUUAUAACAAUGCCAAUGUGGAUUUAACACUUUCAGCUGGCUACUGGAAAAGCAAAACAGUGUACUCAUUCUUUUUAAACAGUGGACGUUUUUUAUUUUUCCAGCUUAUCAAAUAAUACAUUCAUGACUGUUGUCUAAUGACUUGUACACCAAAUGUUUUAUUUAAAAUCACCAUAAGUGUUCCAUUCAUAGAAAAAAAGCUGUUGUGAAAAUAUAGCGCUUAUGUUAUGUAAAGCAAUCCAUUAUGUUGUCGUGCUGUUUUAAGCUGGACUUCAUUUUAAAGAGCAUGCAUGCAUAUGCAUAUAUAAAUAUAUUGAAGUCCUCACAUUUUAACCAUGUUUAUUCUGUGUCAAGACAUCCAAAUUCCCACAACACAAUUGGAGCCAUGGAAAUAUUUAGAGUCCAGAUUAUUAACAGGCCCAUGUCUGUGAUGGAGACCUUCAACUUUCAUUUGCUCCAUUCGUCAUUGGCUGUCAUCAAUGUGUUGUCAGGAUAAUCUUUAUGAAAACUUUUCUUUAUACAGACAUUUUUUAAACUUAUUAAUAUUAUUUUGUGUGAUUUUAAGCAAUUUAAUAUGAGAGAUUGUUCUUACGGACAAAGCCUUUAUCCACUGAUCAAAGAUGGAUGUAUCUCAGCAGCCUGUAUCUUCUGCUCAUGUGUGUUCAGUGCAAAACUGAGUUGCCACAGCAUGUUACAAUAACUUUAUUGCAGUUUAUAAUUACACACCAAAUAGUCCUGCUCUCAUCUGUUGCUGUUGUGCUGUAGCCUGUGAUGGUUUUUCUAGGUUAUGCUUUUCUUCUUGACACGUAACUUUUCUGUUAUUGUGAUCGAUUAAAAUCAGCCUUUGAGAGAAUGUAUUUUGUGAAACACUCAAAAAGACUUGAACAUAACGGCUGUUUAGGAACAGAUGCAUAUAAUUUAUUUUCAAGCUGCUCUUGAACUCCUUACUUGUUCUACACUUACAGAUACAUGUGAUACUAUUCCCUGUCCCAGCUGUACUCUUCAUAUAUUUCUAUUGUACGAUCAAGAGGAGACCAGCCACAAUCACAGGCUGUUUGAAGUGAAUGCAUCUUUAAGGCCAGCAGUGGACCAGAGACUAUAUUCCCAUUGGCUGCAAUAAUGUUCUGUAAAAUUAACAACACACUUCUACAUGUGUAUGUUUGUGAAUGUCUCCAGCAUUUUUAAAGGGAAAAAUGUAUUUGUUUUGUCUGCCUGUGAAUGUCAGUGUGUGUGCUUUAAUGUGCACAUAACAUCAUUUUCUAUUUAAACUGUUUUUUAUUUUUUUUAUUUUACAAUGUGAAUGUCUGGGAUGUUUGUGAAUUCUUUUUAAAGAGCUCAAAGUGUUUUUUCUGCUUUAAAUCACCAAAGAAAUAAAAAUAAAUAUAUGGAUAUUCUAUACUAAUAA